GGUGUUUCCAAAGUUGUUUUGAGGAUUUCUGUGGAUGAUUCGUUAUUUAAUUUUGAGAUGUAAAGGUUUUACAAACAUGUGUGCUAAGUCAAAUUAGUCUGUUCUUCACCAACGCCCCCAUCCCCAUCUUCUCACAUUCAUUGUAAGUCUUUGUGAACUGAUAAGGGCUUGCCUCCUCAUUCUUUGAAAGUUGCCGAACCAUCUCAACCUCUGGCGUUUAGUAUUUUAUCCAUUUCCCCUUUAUAUCGGAUUCUCCAGUCUGCUUCUUUCAUUCUAAUUCCUCCAUAUAUUCUUCUGAUAAUUUUUCACCUAAAAAUCAUUACCACAAGUUACAGUUGGUCUGGUUAGAGUCCUGUAGGUUUUUAAUGUCAUUUUUCUUGUGGUUAGUUUGUUUUACAGGGUUUCAGGUUUGCAAAAUACUCUAUUACCACUUGGUAUUCUUUCUUGUAUGGUUCUGCUUGGUUUUCCUCGAGAUGUUUAAGUUUUUUGACAUCUUUGAAAGUUUUAUCAUCUAAGAUGAAAUCUUCUACUCUUUUAUAAUAUUCUGAUGCCAUAUUCUGGAAAAUGUAUAUGUGAUUCAUGCAUUAGGAUGCUCUUUUAUACAUUUUGUAGUGAUUGUAUUUUGGAUCGGAGAAGGAUCUCCACACCUGUGGCCUCCACGGUCACCAAGAUCAUCACUGUGAUCUUAUUUACAAAAAUCCAGGCUUUUUUUGAAUUCAUUUCGCAAUACUUGUAUUUUAGUUUAAGGUACACAUUUUGAUCCAUGUAGAUCAUUAGCGAUAAGACUUAUCACACAUGUUUAUAAGAGUUUUUCGCACUUCGCUCACAGAAUUCUUGCAGAUUACUUUAGAAACUGUAAUCGUAAGAUUUGUUGAACAUUUUCUAAGAUAAUGAUACGAGAAGUAUGCAAUAAGAAUGAUAAAACUUGUGAUAAGUAAUUGUUAUAUGGUAGUUGUGGGACAGUCAAAUUUUUAGAAAAGAAAUAUCCAGAUUAUUGGAAAUUCCACACUAGAAAUAUUACGGGUUCUAAUUUUAAUCAACAAAUGAAAUAUACCAUUCGAUUAAAAAACUUUUCAUCUGGGAAUGACCAUAAAACGAUGUCAUUCAUGGUCAUAAUUUCGUGGAACAAACGGCAUUGUGUGAGAGUUGUGACAUAAAAAAAUUAGCAGAAAUAUGUGACUUAAAACAGUGAUAAAAUAUCAUUAGGGUAUAAACACCUAUUAAUGGUCCGAUACCCAUGUAACAUAGUUUUUCUAUUAUUGUGAUAAGUUGGAUUUUUAGUAUCAGUUAAUUAGGAUUUUAUCAAUUUUUUUUCAUAUUUGUACAACUUCUUUUUUAGUAGUAAAAAUUAAUCUGGAAGGUUUCGAUAGUCGAGUAGGAAUCAGAUACAGAGUCCCUAAAUGAUCAGCUCCAAAAUGAUAUGAGAAUUUUGAAGAAAACUGCAGGAAUCGAAAAAAAGACCAAGAUACUGGGUUUUAUAUUUAUCCAGAGUCUUUCUGCGAUAUAGAAAAUUCCUCCCAUAAAUUUUUUUGAAGAAACCAGAAAAAAAAGCACCAUUGCAUUUCCUUUUCAGCAUCAAUUGCUUCAAAAAGUUACUUUGUAACUUUAAUACUGCUAGAUCCAAAAAGUAUUUAAAUUUGAAAAAAUUGAUACUAGCUCUCUCACAAAUCAGUGCCCAAAAGGUACUAGAGUAGAUUCUGUGAGGAGAAUUAAAUUUCACUUCACUUCACUAGGUAUAGUAGUUCAUUUGAACCCUAGAUCUGGAAGGUCGUGGACGUUCCUUUGCAAUUUUGAUAUUGUUACAUCCAAAAAGUAUCGGAAAUUUGAGAAAAACAAGGAAGAUAUGCUUUUUUACAUAUUAUAUCCCAACGUAAACUGAUUAGUGUAGAUUCAGUAGCGAGGAAAAUAAAAUUUCACUUUAUCUAAUUAAGAAAACCUUGCAAUUGGAGGCAUACACAAUGAAUUAGAAGAAGAUCUAAUCUUCUUGAAUGCAGCACAGACAAAGUAGUUCAUUUGAACCCUAGAUCCGGAGGGUUUGUUUGGAAAACAAGGAUUUCUUUCGUUUCCCUAAUGGUACUGGUUUAGAAUAUGAGUAAUAAUAAUGUAUUAGUUUUUCUUUUUUAUAGUUUCAGUCACUAGUGUCUCUAAUUUAUACGAGGGUCUUUGGAAAUGAUUAUAAUAAAUAUGAACCCUCACACAUAGCUGUUCCUUCCAUGCAAAUUUGCCAUAUUUUAGGAAACAUUUUUUUGGAUCGAACCUUUUACAUUCCUCUAGAUUGUUUACUUUUAAUAUAUCAUAAGAUAGUAAAUCAGUAACAGUUAGAAAAGGGGAAAAACCUGAAAAUAAAAUUAUUAAAAAAUGCUUAUUAACUGAAAAAACAAACAUCCUUAUAAAUGAGUGGGAUUAAUGUUCCUUUGGUUGAAAGUUUGUUUUGAAUAUACUAUUGAAAGCAAUGAAGACUGUCCAUAAUGUUUUUUUAUACGAUGAUUAAUGUUUUAUAUAUGUAGUAAUGAUUUUUUUUUCAAUCUUUGGGGUCUUUUUGUUAUUGCGUUUUACAAUCUCACGAGUACCUGUUGUCAAAACUUGAAAUUCAUUUAUAUUUUUCUUACAUUUGCCCAAAAUAAUUGUCAGAGAGAUCAAUCUUGUAAGACAACUUUAUUUGCGUUUGUUUAUGUUGCUAUUUUUCAUUAAAAUCUCAAUUAUAUUAUCUGUAAUACUUAAUAAUUCCAUUUUUUCCGUUUUUCAUAUUUUUAUUGGAACAAUAUUGUAUUCAAUCAACGCGCAGUCCUCUAAUUGUUCCGAUCAACCCUUUCCUGUAACUUCUCCUAAUUAAAUUUUAGGUAUUGUAAGCAACUUUGGGCUUCUGUAAUUUCAUAUCGAUUCUUAUUUUUUAUGUAAUCCUAAAAGGGCUAUACACAAUAUAAAUUACUUCUGUGUCAUCUGAAAAGGGCUAUAAAUAAUAUAAAUUACUUCUAUGUACUUUAAAAAGGGCUAUAAACAAUAAAAAUGACUUCUGUGUACUCUGAAAAGGGUUAUAAACAAUACAAAUGACUUGUGUACUUCUAUGUACUUUGAAAAGGGCUAUAAACAAUAAAAAUUACUUCUAUGCACUUUGAAAAGGGCUAUGAACAAUAUAAAUGACUUCUGUGUACUCUGCAAAGGGUUAUAAACAAUAGAAAUGACUUGUGUAAUCUGAAAAUGGAUAUAAAUAAUAUGAAUUACUUCUGAGUAGUGUUCUUAAGUAAAAAAUGUUGUUUUUCUACUAAAUCGUUUCAUCAAAUCUAUGUUGAGGUUGCAUGUGCACAUUUUAAGAUUGAAAAUUUUCUAUUUGAGGUUUAUCAUGAGGAGUUCAAUAUGAAAACUUCUCUUACAAAUAUGACACAAGCUUUUUUAUGUAUCGAUAAAAUAUAUGCCAACGUUUUAACUUCAUUAUUUUGAAUAUUAUUGCCCAAUGCCCAAAAUUAUAUCAAAAGUUUGGUAGAAUUGAUGAUUUAUUAUUAUUGUUUGUUAUUAAAAAUGAUGGUUCCAUUGUAUAAAGGAGUAGAUACAGACUUUAUCUAGCUAAACCUUAAGAAGCAUUAUUAUAAUAGAUAUUUUGAAAUAUAUAGAUUUCAAAUUUCCUAGAUUAGCUGUUUGUCAUCAUGCACUUCCUGAGUAUGCUAGAUUAUGUUUAAUUGUACCACAUCAAAGUAAAUUUUAUCAAAACGACCUUAACAGAAGUAACAAAUACUUUAUACGUAGUUCCAUAAACUUUUGAAAGGGCAUUAACAUCAGUCAUAGUUGCGGAAAUCCUAAUUUUCACCUAUAAAUUAAUAUCUUUUGUUUUUUACAAAGGGAAUCAUUCUUUUCCAUACUUUUCUUUUGAUUGGGUUAUGUAUAUUUGCCACAUGGAUGAAAACUUUCAUUCGUCCCUACUGUACUAUGUAACAUUAUUUUUUAUUAAUUUCAAAAGAUAAUGUUACUUUAUUUUGUUGAUACUGUGAUAAAUAUCUGUGAUACAACAUACCACAUAUGUAUUCAAUUUCAUGUUUUUAUUAUUAAGUUUUAUUUAAGCAAUCGUUUAUUGUGAUAUUUUUAUGGGAAACAAUAAUAAAAACUUCACCUUUAGUACAUAUUAUUUUUUAUCCCUAUCAGUGAAAAUUUUUUAGUUCACUGAGUAUAUUUUUUUCUUUAUCCCGUGAAGUAAUUUAUAUGUUUUAAACGUUGUAAUGUAAUAAAUAUAAUAAUUUCGGUGGUGAACUACUGUUAGGAAUUUUUUGAGUAAGAUUCGUUAAAAAAAUGUCGAUAUAAAUAAUUUGAAUAUUUGAAAUUGAAAAUUAAAAAAAUGAACGACUUUACAUCUAAUAUGAAAAUACUUUGGAAGUUGCAAUCUUUUUAAUCUAUUAUUUUUGCUUUUAAUUAUAUUAUCAUUUCCAAAUAGAAAUUUCAGUUCACCCUAUAAAGCUCAGAUUUUAUGCUAAUACAGUAUUUCACAUUUAAUGAUAUUAUUUAAAAGAAUCACACAUCUAAUUAUUAGGUUUGAAUUAAUUUUUUUAAUACGUGGAUAUUGAAAAGCAAGUAAAGUAGUAGAUAUUGAAUUAUUUGUUUUUUCAUACUAAAAAAUUAGUUAUAUUGAAACAAAUAAUAAUCGGUUUCGAUUUAGAAAGAUUCUCAAAAAAUACCAAUAGCUUUUCUAGAUUAUAGUAUAUAUCCAAAGAUAAUUUUCAAUAACAGUUUUUUAAGAUACAAAAUCAAUUUUGAUAGAUCCGUUGCAAUAUAUCCAAAGUUAUAUAAUGUGAAAAAUGUCUUAGAUAAAGUUUCAUUUUUGCAAAUCAUUUAUUAAAUCAAAAUGUAAUAUAGCUCACUGUAACAGUGUGAUUUCUUUUCACGCUAUUUUUAUCAGAUUUAUUUGACUCGAAUCACUUUAUUUUCACAAUACACGCACCACAAUUUAGGUCUACAGAAUCUUGUUGUCUUUCUUAAAAAUCUUCAAUUGGACUUUUUCCUCUUGUGAGCUUAACAGGGAUUGAGUAUUUUGCUGAUAUUAUUUUACCUCAGCUUCUUUCGUGAAAUGUUUCAUAUUGUUUUUCACAACAUGUUUUCAUCAAAUUUAUUUCACGGGAUAACUAAUUUGAAAUCAUAUUUCCACUAUGUACACACCACAAUUUAAAGCAACAACAAUGAUUAUUCGAUCACAAUAGUUCACAGAAUUUCCUUUUUUAAAAAUUUCAGUUGGAGGUUUUUCUCUUGUGAGCUCGUUUUACUUCCCACAGCAAUCCAGUAUUUUCCAAAUAUUAUUUCACUUAAGGUUAAUUUCUUAGGGAAGUGUUUCGUGUUGUUUUUCACAAAGUGUUCCAUUGAUUUCACUGGAAUAACACUAUUCACGCACUACAAUUCUAAUCUCCAACAGUGGUUAUUCAAUUAACAUCUAAAUGCCUCCUAUUUUCUUAAUAGUUUGCAGAAUUUAGUGAAAUAUCUUUUUUAAAAGCUUCAAUUGGACGUUUUUCCAAUUAUAAACCCAUUUUACUUCCAACAGGAUUCCAGUAUGUUACAAAUAUUAUUUCACUUUAGCCUCAUUUUUUAGAAAAAUGUUUAGUAUUGUUUUUCAGAGUUCUUAUGCUUUCAAUAAAGUAAUAUAAUCACUUUUAUAAUUUUCUUAAGUUCUUGAUACAUUAUUUUGACUCAAUUAAUUGCGUGAUCAUACAAUCACAACAAUAAUUGAGUGAAUAAAAUGUUUUAAAACUUGUGAGCUCGUUUUACUUCCCACAGCAAUCCAGUAUUUUCCAAAUAUUAUUUCACUUAAGGUUAAUUUCUUAGGGAAGUGUUUCGUGUUGUUUUUCACAAAGUGUUCCAUUGAUUUCACUGGAAUAACACUAUUCACACACUACAAUUCUAAUCUCCAACAGUGGUUAUUCAAUUAACAUCUAAAUGCCUCCUAUUUUCUUAAUAGUUUGCAGAAUUUAGUGAAAUAUCUUUUUUAAAAGCUUCAAUUGGACGUUUUUCCAAUUAUAAACCCAUUUUACUUCCAACAGGAUUCCAGUAUGUUACAAAUAUUAUUUCACUUUAGCCUCAUUUUUUAGAAAAAUGUUUCGUAUUGUUUUUCAGAGUUCUAAUGCUUUCAAUAAAGUAAUAUAAUCACUUUUAUAAUUUCCUUAAGUUCUUGAUACAUUAUUUUGACUCAAUUAAUUGCGUGAUCAUACAAUCACAACAAUAAUUGAGUGCAUAAAAUGUUUUAAAACUUUCAAUACAUCGACCCCAAUUUCCCAAACGCCAUUUUUGAUAUUUACAUCAAAAAUAUAUCGUAGGUUAAAACUUUUUCAUUAAUAAGUUCGCAGCAAAUAUAAAUUUUCGCGUUUUAAAAAUAACCAAUAUUUUUAUAACUCACAUAGAUCGAUAAUAUUUAGUUUCUUCGGGAUUGUAUGGAAUGUUCUCUCUUUGGUAAACUACAAAUGUUUUCCGCCUUUAUAGGCAUGCGCCAACACCGUCAGCUGUUCAGUACGAAUUCCCCCAUUUUUGUUUGUGUUAUUUUUUGGUAAUUUCAAUAUUAUCGUAACAUUUGGUUGAGUUGUGAUUAUAAAAUAAUGUAUUAGAAAACAAUAAAUUUCACAUUUUUAAUAUUCACAUUAUAACAACGUCGAUAAUCGAGUAUAAAGAAGCAUUUAAAACUACACACUCCAUGCCGUAUUCCCAUUAUCACGUGAUCAUACAUUCGCGUCUCGUAAUUUCAUUUUUUAUGGGGUUCAUAGAAAGUUUAUUUAAAAUAAAAAACCGAAAUACUAUAUUGUUUAAAAUUCACAGUUUCUUAAUUAUUUUAUAGAGAUGCAACGAAAGUUUUUAUAUUAUACAUAAUGUCGAAAACAUAGUUUGUUAAUGUUUUUAAGUUGGCCAACGUGUUAUUGACAGAUGACGUUUAAAUAUAAAACUCGACGUUGUUUUAAACACAUUGUUGGAUUAAUUAUUAUAGAAAAUAUGUUUUCCAAACGAGAUUUUAAAAGAAAAAAACGUGAAGAACAAGAAGCCGCCGCUCACGUAUUUCAAGAUUUCAUAGAAACGUUCCAAAACCCCCAAUCUUCAGUUGCAAAUAAGACGUUCGUAAGGUCGGGUCUGCUAUACCCGGAUAAUCAAGAACAAGUUAACGAAAACGUUUCUAAAAUAUACAAUCCGAAACCUUUGAUUUGUACGAAACAAAACGAACCGAACAGUGCCGUAGAAUGCGCGAAAAUCUUAAAGGAUAAUAUACCGGAUAAAACGAAAAAACGUCUAAAACCAAAAUCUAAUUUGGAUUUGUUGAAAGAAGAAUUGAAAUUGAGACACGAUGAGAAGACGCGAGAAGAAAAGGGAAAGUUGAAGGAAGAAAUCAAUUUUCCACCAACGUCAACUUCCGACGCGGAUAAACAAGGCACGACAAAUUUAUUUGUGGCUAAUUUACAUCCGUCGGUAACGGAAAAUCACUUGAUGCUCGAAUUCGGCGCGUACGGUCCAUUGGCGAGCGUUAAAAUUCUUUGGCCGAGAGGCGAAGAGGCCGGUCGGAAUACAAACUGCGGAUUUGUGGCUUUUAUGAGUAGAAAAGAUGCCGAAAGGGCUUUGAACGAUAAUCAACAUCGCGAAGAUAUGAGAGUCUGUUGGGGUAGAUCGGUAGAACUUCCCUCUUUUCCGGUUUAUAUUCCGAAUUCUUUAUUGAAAUUGUACCUACCUCCGCCCGCAUCGGGGCUACCUUUCAACGCCCAACCCCCAUCGCCGAACGGUUACCGAAACAUACACGACUGUUACGUAAAAGUAACGAUUCCGUUUAAUAAGAAAAUCCUGAUGUUGAUUCACAGAAUGAUCGAGUUUGUGGUGACGGAAGGACCGAUGUUCGAAGCUUUCAUCAUGAAUCGAGAAAUCAAUAAUCCCGAUUACAAAUUUCUAUUCGAUUAUCAAUCGCCCAAUCACGUCUACUACAGAUGGAAACUAUUUUCAAUAUUGAACGGCGACUCGCAGAAAAAUUGGUCGAUGAAGAAAUUCAGGAUGUUCGAAGGCGGUUCGAUUUGGUGUCCGCCGAUAGCGCCGUCUUACACCGACGGUAUGCCCGAGGAAUUGUUUAUUUCGAAAAGCAAACCGAGAAACAAAUUGUCCGACGCCCAAUGCGACAAACUGACGAAUCUCGUUAGGAAUUUGACGACGCAGCGACGUAAAAUUGCUGAAGCGAUGAUGUUUUGCUUGAAUCACGCCGAAGCUAUCGACGAUUCGAUCGAUAUAAUCGCCGAUUCACUUUUGAAUCCCGACACCGGGGUUAUCAAGAAAGUCGCCAGAUUAUAUCUCCUAUCGGAUAUUCUAUCUAAUUGUAAAACUAAACGGAUCGAUUUACAAUACCAACAAGAAACGUUACUCGACAUUUUUAGAAUGCUCCGAACUAACGCCGAUUCUUUGAACGUUUGCGAUAGGGAUAGUUUGAUAUUGAGGAUACUGCGCGUGAUAAGACAUUGGGAUAUUUAUAAGAUGUUUCCGGUGGCGUUGUUGGAAACGUUGAAUAACAUGUUUUCGACGGAUGGCGUUAACGACGAAGACGAUACUUGUAGUAUAGACGGACCGCUAGACGGGGCUAAUUUACUCAAAAGAUCGGAGUGUUUGGGAACGGACGAUGUGAAAAAAAUCGAUUCUAAUAUCGAUAUCGCGAAAUAUUUCGUACCAUCGAAAUGGGAUGCCGUAGAUCCGGACGAAGUCGAAUCUCAAGCGAUGUCGACGGAGAAAAUGUAUCUGAUGGAAAUCGAUAAAUUGGCCGACGUGGGGGGCGCGAAAAAAAGAAAAAAGAAAAAACAUAAAUCUAAGAAUCACUGAAUUUUUGUUGUUUUAUUAUUUUAUGUGUUUCUCGAUGUAUAAUUUGCGAAUAAACAAAAAUUUCGAUGCUAAUCGAAGGGAUCUAUCGUUUCCUUUUAUCUUGCGGCGAUAUUUUGCGUCCUUUUUAAUAUACAGGAUGUGCGAUAGUUAUAGCUGCCGAAGAUCUUCGACUUCUAUUUCAUUUUCUCCAAAAUGUAACUCCGGAGCUCGAGUUUUUUAUUUUUUUUAUGAUAGUAUCGACGUUUUUCUUUCGAUUUUUCAGUAUUGCAACGUUGCCGUUCCGCAACUGUAGAUUUAUAGAUUUAUUUGAAGUUAUUUUUCUAAAAUUUUUCGCUACAAUUUUCACCCUGUAUAUUUCUCACGAAUAUGAAAACUGAAGGCAUCCAAUAUAUAUAGUCGCAUAGAUUCAUGUUUUCUUAAUCGAUUGAUGUCAAAAUGAAAUCGAUAUCUCGAAUGGUUUCGAAAAUAUCGAAUUUUGUAUACGAUCACGUCAAAUUUUUUUCGAAAUUCUGACAAAAAUGUCGAAAAUGCGGAUUUAUAGUGAAGGUCACAUAGACGCACGUUUUUUCGAUUGAUUCGUGUCAAAAUGAAAUCGAUAUCUCGAAUGGUUUAGAGAAUAUCGAAUUUUGUAUACGAUCACGUCAAAUUUUUUUCGAAAUUCUGACAAAAAUGUCGAAAAUGCGGAUUUAUAGUGAGGGUCACAUGGACGCACGUUUUUUCGAUUGAUUCGUGUCAAAAUGAAAUCGAUAUCUCGAAUGGUUUAGAAAAUAUCGAAUUUUGUAUACGAUCACGUCAAGUUUUUUUCGAAAUUCUGACAAAAAUGUCGAAAAUGCGGAUUUAUAGUCUAGGUCACAUAGACGCACGUUUUUUCGAUUGAUUCGUGUCAAAAUGAAAUCGAUAUCUCGAAUGGUUUAGAGAAUAUCGAAUUUUGUAUACGAUCACGUCAAAUUUUUUUCGAAAUUCUGACAAAAAUGUCGAAAAUGCGGAUUUAUAGUGAGGGUCACAUGGACGCACGUUUUUUCGAUUGAUUCGUGUCAAAAUGAAAUCGAUAUCUCGAAUGGUUUCGAAAAUAUCGAAUUUUGUAUACGAUCACGUCAAAUUUUUUUCGAAAUUCUGACAAAAAUGUCGAAAAUGCGGAUUUAUAGUGAAGGUCACAUGGACGCACGUUUUUUCGAUUGAUUCGUGUCAAAAUGAAAUCGAUAUCUCGAAUGGUUUAGAAAAUAUCGAAUUUUGUAUACGAUCACGUCAAGUUUUUUUCGAAAUUCUGACAAAAAUGUCGAAAAUGCGGAUUUAUAGUCUAGGUCACAUAGACGCACGUUUUUUCGAUUGAUUCGUGUCAAAAUGAAAUCGAUAUCUCGAAUGGUUUAGAGAAUAUCGAAUUUUGUAUACGAUCACGUCAAAUUUUUUUCGAAAUUCUGACAAAAAUGUCGAAAAUGCGGAUUUAUAGUGAGGGUCACAUGGACGCACGUUUUUUCGAUUGAUUCGUGUCAAAAUGAAAUCGAUAUCUCGAAUGGUUUCGAAAAUAUCGAAUUUUGUAUACGAUCACGUCAAAUUUUUUUCGAAAUUCUGACAAAAAUGUCGAAAAUGCGGAUUUAUAGUGAAGGUCACAUGGACGCACGUUUUUUCGAUUGAUUCGUGUCAAAAUGAAAUCGAUAUCUCGAAUGGUUUAGAAAAUAUCGAAUUUUGUAUACGAUCACGUCAAAUUUUUUUCGAAAUUCUGACAAAAAUGUCGAAAAUGUGGAUUUAUAGUGAAGGUCACAUGGGCGCACGUUUUUUCGAUUGAUUCAUGUCAAAAUGAAAUCGAUAUCUCGAAUGGUUUCGAAAAUAUCGAAUUUUGUAUACGAUCACGUCAAAUUUUUUUCGAAAUUCUGACAAAAAUGUCGAAAAUGCGGAUUUAUAGUGAAGGUCACAUGGACGCACGUUUUUUCGAUUGAUUCGUGUCAAAAUGAAAUCGAUAUCUCGAAUGGUUUAGAAAAUAUCGAAUUUUGUAUACGAUCACGUCAAAUUUUUUUCGAAAUUCUGACAAAAAUGUCGAAAAUGCGGAUUUAUAGUGAGGGUCACAUGGACGCACGUUUUUUCGAUUGAUUCGUGUCAAAAUGAAAUCGAUAUCUCGAAUGGUUUCGAAAAUAUCGAAUUUUGUAUACGAUCACGUCAAAUUUUUUUCGAAAUUCUGACAAAAAUGUCGAAAAUGCGGAUUUAUAGUCUAGGUCACAUAGACGCACGUUUUUUCGAUUGAUUCGUGUCAAAAUGAAAUCGAUAUCUCGAAUGGUUUAGAGAAUAUCGAAUUUUGUAUACGAUCACGUCAAAUUUUUUUCGAAAUUCUGACAAAAAUGUCGAAAAUGCGGAUUUAUAGUGAGGGUCACAUGGACGCACGUUUUUUCGAUUGAUUCGUGUCAAAAUGAAAUCGAUAUCUCGAAUGGUUUCGAAAAUAUCGAAUUUUGUAUACGAUCACGUCAAAUUUUUUUCGAAAUUCUGACAAAAAUGUCGAAAAUGCGGAUUUAUAGUGAAGGUCACAUGGACGCACGUUUUUUCGAUUGAUUCGUGUCAAAAUGAAAUCGAUAUCUCGAAUGGUUUCGAAAAUAUCGAAUUUUGUAUACGAUCACGUCAAAUUUUUUUCGAAAUUCUGACAAAAAUGUCGAAAAUGCGGAUUUAUAGUGAAGGUCACAUGGACGCACGUUUUUUCGAUUGAUUCGUGUCAAAAUGAAAUCGAUAUCUCGAAUGGUUUAGAAAAUAUCGAAUUUUGUAUACGAUCACGUCAAAUUUUUUUCGAAAUUCUGACAAAAAUGUCGAAAAUGUGGAUUUAUAGUGAAGGUCACAUGGGCGCACGUUUUUUCGAUUGAUUCAUGUCAAAAUGAAAUCGAUAUCUCGAAUGGUUUCGAAAAUAUCGAAUUUUGUAUACAAUGACGUCAAAUUUUUUUCGAAAUUCAAAAGUUAAAAAAAUCGAUUUUUUUGCAAAUAACUCGUUUCCUAUGGGUUUUACGCUAUUUAUGUUUAUCAUCAAUAUUGUAGAGCAUUAAAUUCUCUACAACUUUUGUUUGAAAUAUUUUUUCAUACGGUGAAUCGUUUCUGAGAUAGAGGGCGGUUAGAAUCCCGUUUGAAAUUAACUAGUAGCCACUAUUAGGGGCGGGCAAAAUAAUCGAUUAAUCGAUAUAUAUAUAUAUUGUUAAAAAUAGUCGGUAAUCGAUUAAUCGGAAAAUAUAAAAAUAUCGAUAAGAUUUUUCGUACAAACGUUAAAAUAAUCGAAUAAUAUAAUAAUCAAUUUAACGAUUAAAAAAUUUAUUUUCUGAAUAAUUAUUUCGACAUAAUUCAUAUCAGAAUCUUACUUCCAAAAAUCUUCUGUAGGUUCGUUAUUUGGUUUGUUUUUUGUAGGAAUCAAACCGUAAUCGUUCUUUUGAAGCUUUAAUUCCGAUUUUAGAUCAAUCGAUUAUCCGAUUUAUCGAUUAUUUUCGAUUAAACGAAAAUAAUCGAUUAUAUUUUUUGAUAAUUGCCCAGCCCUAGUCCAAAUCAAAAUAAUCUCUUAUAAAUUAUUGUUAAAUGUAUAAUUAUAAAUAAUUUUCAUUUUUUAUUAACUCAUACAAAUAGGAAACGAGUUAUUUGCAAAAAAAUCGAUUUUUUUCAACUUAUGACCCCCGAUUUUUGAAGUUGUUCGCAUCGAAUUAUAUGUGAGUUUCGAGAGGAGUUUUAGGAUGUUAAAUGAACGAGUUUAUAGCUGGGCAUCUCGAUUUUUCGAAAUUCUUGGCCUAAAUCUACCUAAAAUUAUUGAACUAAUUCUUUUUAAUCAUUAUCACUAGUAAUAACCCAAAAAAAUUUCGAAAUUUUGUUGCUUGGAAACAGACAACAGGUAAUCGAUUAUCUAGGGAUUUUUGUUGCUUCCGUUGGUAAUUUAUAAAAAUAUUUAUCUCCAACAUUCGUAAAGGUUGUUGAAAUAAAAUGUACUAAAGGUCAAGUUUGAUAAAAAUGAGGUAAUUUUAGAAAAAUAUGAUUAUAACAAACUGGUUGUUACAAAGUAUUUAUUUACAUAAAAAAAAUAACACCGCCGCUAUUAAAUUAUAAACUACAACAAACAGUUUUUCAAAAUGAAAAAAUUUAACCUCACUUUUAGCACAUUCCAAAGUCGUAUAUUUUAUAAUAUAAAAUCAAAGUUCGAGAACUUCAAUCGUUCUGGAGUUCUAAGAAACGAGAUCCUGGCAAUUUCUAGCUACGAAUUUUUAUUUCCUUUACCUCACUUCUUCACGUUUGUUUUCGUUCUCCGUCCACUCUUCAUCUGAUUUUUUCAAAUUCCUUCAUCUUCUUAUUGGUUUAAACUUUUGUCGUAACAUUCCUCAAUCUUCUAAAUGCCAUCUUGGACGUUUCCAGAGUCGAUCAUGGACAUAGAUCUUGUGAUAGGCGUCCUUCUGGAAAAUUCCAAGUACAGAUGUUCUUUGAAAAACUAAUCUAGAACCUUUCAACGUCAUUUGGUAAACUGUAGAACUUGCAAAAGUGCUAGAACUCUUUUGGGUAGCGGGAUAAGUUCAAUCAUUAUAACUUUGAGAUUGUCUGCUUUACCUGGAAUCUUUGGGGCUCUAUCAGGAACUCAUUUUAUGUAUUAUUGGUAAAUUAACGCAUUAAUAGUUGUUUCUGUUGCAUAAACUCGACCAAAAAGAACCUUAUCAUAACCUGUUUUGUCUGCUUAACCUCGAGUCUAACUGUCGAAGUUUGAGACUCCGUUUAGACAUUCGUUGAGACAAGAUUCUCUUAGAGCCAUUCUUUUAACACCCAGAUAAUCAAGUAUCCAAAAAAUUUGAUGUUUUCGUAAAAGAUUUUGUAUAAAGUUUCGAAUAUUCCAAUACGAAGAGCGUUUCCUUGAGGUAUUUACCAAAUUAUCUGUCAUGAUUGAUGAUCGACCUGAUUAUCAACUCAUUAUCGACAAAAAUUGGUUGCGGUGGUAAAUAAAAUUAGCAAAUUUGAACAUCGAUUUGUAUAAAAAUUUGAUUUGUGCAUGCUUAGACCAAAAAAGUCUGCAUAGUUCUGAAAUCAUAGUCGGCCGUGGCGACAAGUUUUAAACUUGCAAUUUUGAACAAGUGCGUUCAAGUCGUCGACGUCCGUUCGCCAUUUUUAAAGUGUAGAAAAGUUCAUUAUCGACUUUCCUGAAGGGUGUGAAUCGUACCCGCGUUUAUGGGACGUACACGGCAAUUCUUAUAAAAACAAAGACAGUCGUUUAGCAAAAAUUGCUAAUUAAUUCGUAUCAAAAGCUUUGGAAUCGCGUAAACUUUGGUGUUAACAAAAUUUUGGAGUACUUUGGGCAAAUAAGGGAGCCUCUGCUGCGCGUCUUCCUAGAAGAUUUACCGAAGCACCCGACAUAGUGCGCACUGUGAAAAACUUUGGUUUUUUGCUUAUAACAAGAACUAGGACGACAACUGGCGCCAUUAAAUCCACCUCUAAGUCCGGCCAGGUACUUCUGGAACCAUCUUCGUACACGGGCCAAAAAUUCGAAUCAUUAUCUUGCGCGUCGCGGUCAUUAUGACACGCCGGGCCUAAAAUUCAACUUUUGGCCCAUGUAGUGUGAUUUUUAACAGAAAGUAAAGGUCCCAGCACGGAAGUACGUACUUUCGAUCGAGGUACGAAGAAAAAUCUUAUACACUACACGAGCAAAAAGCUGAAAUUUCUGUUCUGCGCGUCGUGAUUUUUCGCCUCGGGCGUUAUGACGCGCCGGGCCUAAAAUUCAACUUUUGGCCCAUGUAGUGUGAUUUUCAACAGAAAGUAAAGGUCCCAGCACGGAAGUACGUACUUUCGAUCGAGGUACGAAGAAAAAUCUUAUACACUACACGAGCAAAAAGCUGAAAUUUCUGUUCUGCGCGUCGUGGUUUUUCGCCUCGGGCGUUAUGACGCGCCGGGCCUAAAAUUCAACUUUUGGCCCUUCUAGUGUGAUUUUUAACAGAAAGUAAAGGUCCCAGCACGGAAGUACGUACUUUCGAUCGAGGUACGAAGAAAAAUCUUAUACACUACACGAGCAAAAAGCUGAAAUUUCUGUUCUGCGCGUCGUGGUUUUUCGCCUCGGGCGUUAUGACGCGCCGGGCCUAAAAUUCAACUUUUGGCCCUUGUAGUGUGAUUUUUAACAGAAAGUAAAGGUCCCAGCACGGAAGUACGUACUUUCGAUCGAGGUACGAAGAAAAAUCUUAUACACUACACGAGCAAAAAGCUGAAAUUUCUGUUCUGCGCGUCGUGGUUUUUCGCCUCGGGCGUUAUGACGCGCCGGGCCUAAAAUUCAACUUUUGGCCCUUGUAGUGUGAUUUUUAACAGAAAGUAAAGGUCCCAGCACGGAAGUACGUACUUUCGAUCGAGGUACGAAGAAAAAUCUUAUACACUACACGAGCAAAAAGCUGAAAUUUCUGUUCUGCGCGUCGUGGUUUUUCGCCUCGGGCGUUAUGACGCGCCGGGCCUAAAAUUCAACUUUUGGCCCAUGUAGUGUGAUUUUUAACAGAAAGUAAAGGUCCCAGCACGGAAGUACGUACUUUCGAUCGAGGUACGAAGAAAAAUCUUAUACACUACACGAGCAAAAAGCUGAAAUUUCUGUUCUGCGCGUCGUGGUUUUUCGCCUCGGGCGUUAUGACGCGCCGGGCCUAAAAUUCAACUUUUGGCCCUUGUAGUGUGAUUUUUAACAGAAAGUAAAGGUCCCAGCACGGAAGUACGUACUUUCGAUCGAGGUACGAAGAAAAAUCUUAUACACUACACGAGCAAAAAGCUGAAAUUUCUGUUCUGCGCGUCGUGGUUUUUCGCCUCGGGCGUUAUGACGCGCCGGGCCGAAGAUUCAACUUUUGGCCCCCAUUUUCUCUAGCUCAGUAGCUUCAUAAAUUGUUAAUGAAACGAAUAUAAAUACUAUUUUUAACAACCAGUUUAAUUUAUUAUAUUUUUUAUAAAUCCGUAGGUAAUUUUAAAAGACAUGCCGUUUUUUGUUCGUUGUCCAUAUUAGAUGUGAUUAAAAACAUUGUAAAUCAUUUUGUAAUACUUUGAUUCAAAUAAACCGAUAUUUUUUUGGAAAUUCGCAUUAUUUAUUUAAAAAAAAAAAUCGGCGAACGUCUUCAUCCAGUACAUCUCUCGCAACGACGA